CUGGGAAGGAAGCUGUGACCGCUGGAUUUGGGCAUUUUUGAAAGUCUGACAUUAUGAAGCUGCUACAAGAAGCGGAUGAUGCGACAAACAACAGAAAGUUGGUAAAAUCUCAGGUAGAGAAACGUCGAAGAGAGAGAAUGAAUCGCAGUCUUGAACAUCUGAGGACCAUGUUGCUGCAGGAGCCUCAACAGGGGGGGACUAAACACAGAGUGGAGAAAGCUGAGAUCCUGGAGCACACAGUCCUCUUCCUCCAGAAAACUGCCAAAGAACACCAAGAAAAAGCUGGAGGCCAGAAUCGCCCCUUCCAAGAUGGCUUCUCCACCUGUCUGCAGAGAGCCUCUCAGUUCCUGGGUCCUGAGGGGAAAGGGCUCUGGCUUGGACCGGCGCUGGAUGCAACCUUCGCUGCUCGUUUUGCACGUUCAGACACCAAUUCUUCUGGCGCCACAAGCAGAACCUCCAGCUCCCUGCCACACACAAAGUCCAUCCUCCACAUGCUGAGGCAGAAGUCCAAGUACAGACUUCACACACGCGCCUUCGGGGUCAGCAGUUUUCAGCAGCCUCACCUCUUCCCAGUUCAGCAAAGCUUUCCCAGAGCUCCCCAACAGCCUCAGAGACAAAGUCGGCUGGAGAUGAGGGCAGAGAGAUCUGCAACCAAAGAGAGCUCGUCCCAGAGCUGCCCGCUCAGCCAGACUUUGUGGAGACCUUGGCCUUGA